UUUCAAUAAUGUAGUGUUGAUUUAUUUAUUUAAUCCUUUUUUUUUUUGUAUAAAGAAACAAAAUAGUUCAAAGCGAACAAAAGUGUCUGUGACAUCUUCUUUGGCUCUCUGUGUUCCACUGUAGUUUUCUCUCGUCGUUUAUAUAUUUGUGAAGAGAUAGGCUCAAUGCAACUUUUCUUCUUCUUCUUUGUUUGGCUCGACUGAAAUGGAAGAAGAAAGAGAAACUGGAAAUAAGAACAGUUUGGUUUUUGCUGUUAAUGGAAAGAGAUUUGAGCUUUCUAGUGUUGAUCCUUCUACGACUUUGCUUGAAUUCCUGCGUACACAGACUAGUUUCAAAAGCGUCAAGCUCGGUUGCGGUGAAGGUGGUUGUGGUGCUUGUGUCGUUUUGCUCUCCAAGUACAAUCCAGUGCUUGACCAAGUUGAGGAUCUUACAGUGAGCUCAUGUCUUACGCUCCUCUGCAGCAUAAAUGGAGCCUCAAUCACAACAAGUGAAGGCCUUGGUAAUAGUAAAGAUGGUUUCCACUCAAUUCACCAAAGGUUCAGUGGAUUCCAUGCUUCCCAAUGUGGCUUUUGUACUCCUGGAAUGUGCAUGUCCUUGUUUGGAGCCCUUGUUAAAGCUGAAAAAACUGAUAGACCAGAGCCUUCUCCGGGUUUCUCCAAGCUUACAGUCAAUGAAGCUGAAAAAGCUAUUGCAGGAAAUCUGUGUAGAUGUACCGGAUAUCGACCCAUUGCUGAUGCAUGUAAAAGUUUUGCAGCAGAUGUUGAUAUGGAGGACUUGGGACUUAAUUCUUUUUGGAAAAAGGGAGAGCCGCAGGAAGUAAAGAUAGGUAGUAUGCCUCCAUAUAAUCAAGAGAUUUGCACUUUCCCUGAAUUUUUAAAAACAGAAGUUAAAUUUCCCCUGCUUUUGGAUUCUAAAAGAUGCUCUUGGCAGAUAGAAAUUGUCUACAAUGGAGCAUUCAUUUAUAGCAACAAAAGCCCUUUUGCCAAAGGUAAAGAGUAUAAAGUUUCAAUUCAGAAAUCUCUUCCAGAUGGAGUCACUGCAGUCAUUUCUUUCAAAGACAUUCCAAAAGGUGGGCAAAAUAUUGGCACUUGUGGUUUGCAAUUUGGUCCUGAAACCAUGUUUGCUGAGGAGCUUACUCAGUAUGCUGAGAGCCUCUGGCAUUCGUGGUAUGUUUUUCAGCCGUCACUUGUUUAG